AUGUUCCCAACAGAUCGCCUCGACGCCGGUCUCGCAGUGCCGAUCGACCGUAGCCGCAGCAGAGCUCGGUCGCCAAUUCGUCGCCCCUCGCCCAGACGUAGCCCUCCGCGGCGGAGCCCACUACGAUAUGUGUCACCGAGGAGAGAUGACCGGAGCGAGCGGGCACGGUCGCCGCGUCGAGAUUACGAUGCCAGAGAUAAUCGCCCGACCCUAGCCAAGUCGCCACCCAGAGGCCCUGCUGCACUUAGGGCACCGCCGACAGGUCCCUCGGCUACGAGGAACUUUUCGACUCCUACGGCGCAGAGCACUCCAAACAGACACACUCAGCCUGCAAGCGGACCUAGCCGCCUAGACGUCACAAGCCCGACUAUCCCGCCAGCAGGCCCGCGAGGCUACGUGCCGCCCUCCCGAGGCAGCUUUGCGCCGCGCGGUGGACGAGGCGGCUGGUCGACGAUGCCGCCUCGACACAUGCCUAGCGGCCAGUCCGUCUCCCCAACCAUUCCCCCGACGGGUCCUGGCGGCAUUCCAACAGGACCGAGAGCGUCUGGAGCGUCAUCAGCGGCAGCUGCCCCUGGAACGACGUCGGCCUCGUCGCCGUCUCUCGGCUCCAAGCCGUUCAAUCCUCCUACAGGCCCAGCCGCGCACGCGCACGCUCACGCACACAGCGCAGCCCCGCCGCGCCCGACGCUCGCGCAGAACCUGCUGGCGUCUAUGCCACCCAUCAUCCCGGGCGGCAAGAUCGACCCGGCGGCCGUGCCGCUGACGACGGGCGUGAUUCGCGAGCUCGACGCACAUCACCGCAAGCUUAAGGAGGACGAGGAGCGCAUCCGCGACGAGAUGAAGAUGCGCCAGGAGAAGUUGCGCAAGAGCCUACGCCAGUGGGACAAGAUGGAGCGCGAGAGUAAGGCUUUUGAGCUUAAGAGCGACCUGAGCGAGAAGAGCCUCAAGAACCUGGCGGGCGAAGGGCUGGGCGGCGCCGCGUUUUGA